AUGGCAGAGAAAGGCCCCUACCAGAAAAAGUUCACGAAAAACAGAAAAAAAGCAGCCAUUCAGGUGCAGGCCUGGUGGCGUGGGACCCUGGUGCGCAGGGCACUGCUACAUGCAGCCCUCGGAGCCUGGGUAAUUCAGUGCUGGUGGCGAAUGACGCUCAGGAGGAUCCGGGAGAAGCAACGGAGGAAAGCGCUGAUUGACUUCUCAAACACAGAGAGAGCGGUGGUGACGCUCCAGUCUCUGGUCCGGAUGUGGCGGAUCCACUGGCGGUACUGCCAGGUCCUCAGUGCUAUCUACACCAUCCAGGGCCACUGGAAAUAUCACAACUGCCAGUCAUGCUCGCUCCUGCGGGGUCACUGUGUGAUCACCACCACUCACCUGCAGUUCCAUAUUGAGAUCAUUGACCACUGA